AUGGCCGACGUUCAGGCUAAGCUUCAAGCUUUGUCUGACGAAUAUCAGAAACUGCAGCAGGAUCUUCAAAACACUGUAACGUCAAGGCAAAAGCUCCAAAGCCAACAGCAGGAGAACGCUGGUGUCUACAAGGAGUUUGAGAAUUUGGGAGAGGGUGAAACCAUCUACAAGCUCAUGGGACCCGUACUUCUGAAGCAAGACAAAGUUGAGGCAGAAAGCACCGUCAAAGGACGUCUGGAUUUUAUCGCCGGUGAAGUGACAAGAUUGGAGGGCCAGAUCAAGGAAAGUCAGGAAAAGCUGGAGAAGAAGAAGGCAGAAAUCAUUCAGAUCCAAUCUUCUGCUCAAGCCGCUGCAGGAGGAAACGCGCCUCCACAAGGACAAUAG